UCGGUCUUAUCUCAAGGAACAUGAGGAAUGAUCAGAGCUUCGUUGGCGCAAGGAGAUUGAAACACAUCGUUCACGACGGUCGGUUUCCCGCAUCGUUAUUGACCGGUGGUGGAACACCGGCGGGCGUUGGCAUAUUCCGGAGGCGCGCAAAACCAACCAUUCUUCCUGUUCAUCUUGGCGGAUGAGCACCAAUACUAUCGACGGUAACGGUGAUGAUGAUGCUGUGGUGUUGAGGGCAGACUUUCAUGCUGGUGACGAAAGACUGAAUGCUGACUAAGCACUUCCUUAUUUCGCACAACAAACAUCCUUCAAAGCAAAAAUUUCUGCCUCUCAAGCAUAACAAGGUCAAGUGAUAAAUAUGCUCUCUGCGUUGUAUUCGAAGCUUCAUCUACACAAACAAAGUCACCGUCUGAUAGGUCGAUGCUUCGUCCUUUCUCAAGGUUUGGCUCAAGAGAGGAACGGAGGUGUAAGGGUUUGCGCCGUCAUCUACCGUUCCACCAGUACUUGUCCAGACCGGCCUAUCUUCUCCUUUCAAGUCUACGAUACUACCGAAAACUCAGCCGAUCAUGCCCACCUAGAUGCUGUUGCGACUAAAAUUCACGAAGACACUUACGAGGAACGAGACUUUUAUGGUGGCAUGUUCUCCGACAGACUGGACUUCUAUGGUCUUGCCAUGCCUUCCGAUACUACCCAAGAAGAGAGGGUUCAGAAGUGCAUUGAACAUCAGAAGGCUGAGAUCGCGGCUCGCAAUGCGACGGGCAAGACCGAUUACUACAUUCCUGGAACUUUCGACCAAAGAGACUAUCAACGACAGUUCGUCAUCAUCGACAAGACGGACCCACAAUGGGAACAAGGCGAAGGAGGCUUUCUAAAGGUUCGAUAUGACUUGUUGCAUGGAGAGCGCGAGGAGGAUGAUCAGUGCCCUGAGAUAAGUUGCCGAAGAGCUGAUGGCAUCAACGCCUUGGGGAAGUGGUUGUACGAGUCAAAAUCUAUCGGCCAAUGGUUCUAUGAAACAUACGUUGGAGGGGGACUCAUUCAGGAAGAGAUGCCUAGAGCCAGGCGAAGCAGGAAGUGAAAUGGCUAUCAGAGUCUCUAAGGCUCUCUCUCAUUGCGGUGCGACGCGAAGCUGCUGCAUCAAAUAUUUAGUACAAAAUGCAUGGUAUUUCCAAAUCACCC